AACCAAUUUCCUACAAGAUUUUAUGGUAAUCCUUGAAUAUUUAUUCCAAAGCAGCAAUUGUAUCUGUGUGUAUCCCUGUUGUUGUUGGUUUUUUGGUAGCACUAUUUUAUAAAUAUUAAAAAAAAAAUAAUAAUAAUUAAAAUGCUUACACUUUUUUUGUGGUGGUCCUAACUGCAACCAACGCUAUCUUUGGCUGGACAGUGGCCAGUAGAAGAAACCCUUUGCCCUGCCCUUAGGCCUCAGCCUGUGGAUCUUCGUGUGGAGGAACGCCUCUUUGGUGGCAGGGACAGGGAGAAUUAGGCAAGAGAUGUGGGUUCACUUGCCCUGUGUAGGGGCUUAUCUUGGGCUAAGCUGAGAGACUAAUAGCAAAGCCAGCCUCCGCUCCAGCCGGUCUAAGGGCACAGAGAGCCAUCUGUCCUCUCUUCGGAUAACUGACAACAAAGGAAGUAAACAUUGAACGCGGACAACAAACUAAGAGGUUAUUCCGUUUGGAGCUGCUUGAUAUAAAGGAGAGAAGUCAGUGGUGAGCAAUUAAGGUUUGGAAUGGCAGGAAACAGUUUUGCAGUCAUUAGUAUUUAGAUAAAAGUUGUGAAAACAGAGCAUGUCUGAGAGGGAAGAAAUGGCCUCAGACGGGAGCCUGAAUGUUACACUGACACUGAGGUUGCUGAUGCACGGAAAGGAAGUUGGCAGCAUAAUUGGAAAGAAAGGGGAAACGGUGAAGAAAAUGAGAGAGGAGAGUGGCGCUCGCAUCAACAUAUCAGAAGGAUCAUCUCCCGAGAGGAUUGUAACCAUAACAGGGCCUACAGAUGGAAUCUUCAGAGCUUUCUCCAUGAUUGCACAAAAGUUUGAAGAGGAUAUAACGGCGGCAAUGACAAACAGCAAUGUGACAAGCAAUCCGCCUGUGACACUUCGCUUGGUUUUCCCAGGGAGCCAGUGUGGCUCGUUAAUUGGAAAAGGAGGAUCUAAGAUCAAAGAGAUCCGAGAGACCACAGGCGCCCAAGUUCAGGUGGCUGGAGACAUGCUGCCGGAUUCCACCGAGAGAGCUGUCACAAUCUCUGGCACUCCACAGGCUAUCACUCAGUGUGUAAGACACAUCUGCUCCAUUAUGCUGGAGUCCCCUCCAAAAGGAGCAACUAUUCCCUACCGUCCAAAGGUUAUACCUGCUGGAGCCCAUGCAGUAUUAGCACAACAGCACUCUGCACAAGCAUUUGCACUGCCAGGGCAAUAUGCUUUUGCUCAAGAUUUGACCAAGCUUCACCAGUUGGCUAUGCAGCAUAUUCCCCUCCCUUCCCUUGGGCAGAGCAACCCUACCUUCCCUGGAUUGGAUGCGUCUGCCCCCACAAGUUCACAGGAGCUGGCAAUACCUAAUGAUUUUAUUGGCUGCAUAAUUGGAAGACAAGGCAGCAAGAUCAAUGAAAUUCGCCAGGUCUCGGGAGCUCACAUCAAAAUUGCCAGUGCCACUGAUGGCUCAGCCAUGCGCCAAGUCACAAUCACGGGCUCACCGGCAAGCAUUAGCGUGGCCCAGUACCUCAUCACUGCCAGCUUAGAGAUGGCUAAAUACACCAUGCAGGCUGCUUCCGCUGCGACCGCAGUUGACCUCAACAUGAGCUACCCUCAGUCUGCUUCUACCGCCUCCAAUGCUGCUACCUCUCUAGCCGUUCUGGCGGCCACCACCCCAGCCCCCACCAACAUUAAUGUCCACUCUCCCUCCACCUUGCAGGCCAUUCAAAAUCCCCACUACGCCGUCCCUGUUUCCAGCCUGCUUGGCAUGAAAACGCUUCCCGUUCUGGCUGUCCACCCAGCGGCCGCUAGCAGCCUAACACAGAGUUUAGCCCCUUACACUGCAAAAAUACCAACCUCUAGCGUCAAAAAGUCUGAGCGACAAAAAUUUGCUCCAUAUUGAGUACUCUAUUCCUAUUUGGACAGCUGUUUACAAAACGAUGGCGAAUGUGUCAUCAGUGGACACAAGUAUUAUGCAGGGUUUACGAGUAAAGCACUUGCUUUCCAUUAAUCAGGACAGCCUACCUAGAGAAGAGGUGCAAAUUAACUCAGUAUAAUUUGUAUAAUAUGCAUAUGCAAACUCAGGCUUGCUUUGAAGCUAAGAAAAAAACAUUUUCUUAUGGUUUCGUGUCACAGAGCUUUAUAUGAAGACUUCUCCAAGAGAUUUGUUUCUUAAUAUGCAAUGUUUACUUACUUUGUACCUAGACCUCUUUUUGAUAGAGAAUUAAUUUCUGUAGGCAGCAGGCUGGAAAAUGGUUUGGUUAUGUACAAUAGGAGUGGUUGUGUUUAGUAUAAUUAACAAGGAUUGUUUCAUUUCUCUGUCAUAUUUCUACAUUCCCUCACUAUAGGCUCUCAUCAGGGCUAACAGGCUUGGGUGUUCUGUAGUAGCGUGGCACUGUUGCAGCUCUGAUGGGAUUAUUCUAAAGCCACACUGGAUUCUAGUGGAUUUCACUCUGCACAGUAAUCCCGUUGAGCAGGCCUGGUCCAAACAACUCAUUUAUUGUUUCUGCUUGUUUUUGUCCAUUCUCUAUCACAACCGAUUAAACAUUUACGUCAGAAACUGAUGCAACAGUUAUUGUUAUAUCUUCUUUUUUCCCCCAUAAAUUAUUUGCAUUACUGAAACAUUUCAAUGUUGUCAUGCUUGAAGUUUAUGAUACGGAUUUGGAAUAAAUGUGACUUUUUAUGGCUUUCA